AUGUCUCCCAACUCACCAAGCCUCUCAAAGCACUCUCUCAACCCAUCGCCAUUUCCAGAUGGAGGCGUAGUAGCCUACCUUUCGAUAGAUGGCCCCGUAGUAGCUACAACCCUAACCGAGCUUGAAUCUCUCCGUUCCCGACCAGAUUAUGAAUCCUGCAACCCUAUCCUUUCAGACGCCCAACUGGCUAUUGAAUGGGACUACUCAUUGGCGGGGUAUCCACGAUGCCCCGUCACCCAGCCCAUCCGCGUAUCACAACAGAAGAUUGACGUUGAGUGGGACAUUUAUAAGCUCCGUGCCUUGAUUAGAGGAAGCCAAGUUGAUGCUAACGCUUUAGCAGGCCGAAUGAUGGAACUGGAGCGAGGUAUCCACGAUGCGGAUCGAGUUAUCGUAGACGCCCACCGUCGCAUGCGUAUAAAUAACCAGGAAACUUGGGCAUUAGAUGCUAAUAUACGUGAGCGAUUUGGCCUUAGGGCGACGCCGCGUGUUGACAUGUUUGAAGUUGUCAAGCGCGCCAUCAAGGCAGACUGGGAUGUUUACAAGCUGCGUAAGGUUUUCUCAGCGAUUCAGGCCGAUGUUGAUCGUUUGCUUCACGAAAUUACCCACUUGGAGGCAAAGCUGGAGAAAAAGCAACACGAGAUGGGAGACACUUCGAAGUUUGUGAAAAGGUUCCCGAAGCACACGUGUCGGAGUGAACAAUAA